AUGUGCAGCAGAGGGCACUGGAGACCAGCUGAGGAUGAGAAGCUUCGAGAAUUGGUCGAACGACAUGGACCACAUAACUGGAAUGCCAUAGCUGAAAAGCUACAGGGAAGAUCAGGGAAGAGUUGUAGGUUGAGGUGGUUCAAUCAGUUGGAUCCAAGAAUUAACCGGAGCCCUUUCACAGAAGAGGAAGAAGAGAGGCUUCUUGCUUGUCACCGAAUUCAUGGGAAUCGAUGGGCUAUAAUUGCUCGACUCUUCCCCGGACGUACUGAUAAUGCUGUGAAGAAUCACUGGCAUGUUAUCAUGGCUCGAAAAUGCAGAGAAAGGUCGAAAAUUUACUCAAAAAGGGCAUCACAAGCUUUAAAAAAUGAUCAAAAGUCCACAUCAAAUCAGGAUACCCCAGUUUUCAGUGACAAAAAUUUAAGGUUUAACCCUUUUGUAGAGACAUGUUAUCCGAGAUUCGAGCACCAUCUAACUUACAAUCAACCCAUAUACCAGAAGGAGCUUCAUUCGGACAAUAUGGUUCUUCACAUGAAGAUAGAUGAAGAUAGAAGUAAACAAGCGGUAGAGUUCUAUGACUUUCUCCAAGUGAAUACUGAUAACUCAAACCGAAGUGAAGUGAUAGACCAUGCUAGGAAAUUCGACGAUGAUGAGGUAGAGCAGGAGCCUGCAGCAGUUCAAAAUCAAACCAAGGUUGAUAGUACUGCUGUAUCGUUCAUAGAUUUUCUCUCAGUUCGUGGAGAUUCUACUUAA